AUGGCAAAGAGACCAGUAUUGGAAGAAGUUUUGGAUGAUGAGAUCGAUAAUAUGGACAUGGAUAUUGCCCAAUUUGAUCCAUCGCUUAGAACUCCCAUAGCACCAGUUCAACCAGGUCCUCAAAUUACAAGAUCACAAGAUCAAGAACCACCAUUAUUUCCUAAUUUUCCUCCACCAGAACAGAACAAGAGUGUGGAACGUAAAGAUAUUGUCGACCCUAACAAAUUUACUGCAGAGGAAAGAGCUGAAUUGAAAAAAUUCCAAAUUAUCUAUCCAUGCUACUUUGAUAAGUCGAGAUCACAUAAGGACGGAAGAAGAGUAUCAGAAGAUAGAGCUGUAUCAAAUCCCUUAGCCAAGACCAUAUCGGAUGCAUGUCGGUUUUACAAUUUGCCAGUAAUGUUGGAAUUAGAUAAGACACAUCCACAAGAUUUCGGUAAUCCAGGUAGAGUAAGAGUACUUAUCAAAGAUAGUAAUAAGAAUGGAGCAAUAGUCGAUUCGAGGUUUAAAAAUAAGAGAGCAGUAUUGAACACUAUAGCUGACUACUUGAAGACUCACCCAACCACAUUGGAAAGCAUAGGACCAAAGAGUGGUAUUCCAUUACCAAGUGAAUAUGAAACUGGAUUCGAGCCAAGUGAAAUACCUAAGGUUAAAGGGUUCAAAAUGAAUACCAUCGUGCCUGUUCAUUCUGAAUUAACUAUCAAACACCCAAUGACGAAGAGUAUCUAUGAUCCUGAACCAGAGCAGCCACAAGUUAAAGCUCCACAAGCUCCUAAACAACCAAAGAAGAAGGUUAUGAAAAUUAGAGGUUAA